AUGGAGCGACCAUUGGGCUACAUCUUAUCAGGUGAUUUUAACAAGGAUGUACAAGGAUCUUAUGGUGGAUUAAAUAAUAUUAGAAAGCGGUCUCUUCACUGGGACCAGAGGAAAGCCCAAUCCGACUCAGAGGAAAGCCCAAUCCGACUCAGAGAAAAGCCCAAUCCGACUCAGAGAAAAGCCCAAUCCGACUCAGAGAAAAGCCCAAUCCGACUCAGAGGAAAGCCCAAUCCGACUCAGAGAAAAGCCCAAUCCGACUCAGAGGAAAGCCCAAUCCGACUCAGAGGAAAGCCCAAUCCGACUCAGAGGAAAGCCCAAUCCGACUCAGAGAAAAGCCUAAUCCGACUCAGAGGAAAGCCCAAUCCGACUCAGAGGAGAGCCCAAUCCGAACUCAGAGGAAAGCCCAAUCCGACUCAGAGGAAAGCCCAAUCCGACUCAGAGGAAAGCCCAAUCCGACUCAGAGGAAAGCCCAAUCCGACUCAGAGGAAAGCCCAAUCCGACUCAGAGGAAAGCCCAAUCCGACUCAGAGGAAAGCCAAUCCGACUCAGAGGAAAGCCCAAUCCGACUCAGAGGAAAGCCCAAUCCGACUCAGAGAAGAGCCCAAUCCGACUCAGAGGAAAGCCCAAUCCGACUCAGAGGAAAGCCCAAUCCGACUCAGAGGAAAGCCCAAUCCGACUCAGAGGAAAGCCUAAUCCGACUCAGAGGAAAGCCCAAUCCGACUCAGAGGAAAGCCUAAUCCGACUCAGAGGAAAGCCAAAUCCGACUCAGAGGAAAGCCCAAUCCGGCUCAGAGGAAAGCCCAAUCCGACUCAGAGGAAAGCCCAAUCCGACUCAGAGGAAAGCCCAAUCCGACUCAGAGGAAAGCCCAAUCCGACUCAGAGGAAAGCCCAAUCCGACUCAGAGGAAAGCCCAAUCCGACUCAGAGGAAAGCCCAAUCCGACUCAGAGGAAAGCCCAAUCCGACUCAGAGGAAAGCCCAAUCCGACUCAGAGGAAAGCCAAUCCGACUCAGAGGAAAGCCCAAUCCGACUCAGAGGAAAGCCAAUCCGACUCAGAGAAGAGCCCAAUCCGACUCAGAGGAAAGCCCAAUCCGACUCAGAGAAGAGCCCAAUCGACUCAGAGGAAAGCCCAAUCUGA